AUGCCGCUCUGCAGCUUCUACGCCUCCACGUCCCUCCCGGUGGCCAAGCCCCACUCCCUGCCCUCCUCCGCCAAGCUCCCCUCCACCGCCGCCGCGGCGAUCACCACCGUGCAGCCAAAGAAGUCGCCGCCGGCCGUGGCUGCGGCCGCGGCGGCGACCGUCCUGCCGACGACGGCCGAGAACACAGCGUCCAUGACGCCGGCGGAGGCGCUGUCUCUGCACCUGCCGGAGCUGCCGUCGGCGAUGCGGGACAAGAUCCUGAGCCUGGAGCUGAUGGGGGUGGACUACGGGCGCGCGCUGUCGCUGAACCCGGCGCUCCGGGACGCGGCGCCGGAGUCCAUCCACGCGGUGGUCACCUUCCUGCAGUCGCGCGGGCUCCACUUCAAGGACCUGGGCCGCGUCUUCGGCAUGUGCCCGUCCGUGCUCACCGCCAGCGUCCGCGCCGACCUCCGCCCCGUCUUCGCCUUCCUCACCGACGACCUCGGCGUGCCGGAGGCCGCCUACCGCCGCGUGGUCGUCAAGUGCCCGCGCGUGCUGGCCUGCAGCGUCCGCGACCAGCUCCGGCCGGCGCUCAUCUACCUCCGCCGCCUCGGCUUCCGGGACAACCGCGCGCUGGCGUUCCAGGACCCCAUCCUCCUCGUCUCCAGCGUGGAGCGCACCAUGGCGCCCAAGCUGGAGUACCUGGCCGGGCUGGGCAUGUCGCGGGACGACGCCGUGGCCAUGGCGCUCCGCUGCCCGGCCCUCUUCACCUUCAACGUGGAGAGGAACUACAAGCCCAAGUUCGAGUACCUGGUGGAGGAGAUGGGCGGCGGCGUGGAGGACGUCAAGGCCUUCCCGCAGUACUUCACCUUCAGCCUCGAGAAGCGGAUCGCGCCGCGGCACCGCGCAGCCGCCGACGCCGGCGUCGACCUGCCGCUGCCGGACAUGCUCAAGGCCACCGACGAGGAGUUCAGCGAGAUGCUCGAGAGGAGGAGGAGGAGCGGAUGA